AUGAAGAUAUCAACAAUUCUAAGCCGUCUUUUCUUGACGGCUGCCGCUCUUGCAAAUGUCACGCCGAUUCGAGAUACAGAUCUCACUACUAUUUUGACAUCGGUAUCGUCGGCCAUCACUCAGCUGGACGAAUCUGUCAAGAGCUUCUCUAGCGAUGCCACGCAAGUACAGUCUGCUGCAGAAAGCCUGAGCAGCAGCUUGAGCUCCGCUGUAGAUUCAUUUACGGCGUCCAGCGCAGAAGUUACCCAAGAUGAGGUCGCUUCUCUGACAAUGUUCUUUGGCUCGGUGUCUGUAGCUGGAGCUGCCUUGCUCAAGGACAUCAACGACAAAAAGUCCGAACUCGAACAAGCCGGUCUUUGCCAGACCAUUAGCAACAUCAGUGUUGAAGCGACGGCGCUCAUCCAGGCCAUUGUAGACAAGCUGCCAGAUUCGGCACAAGCCGUGGCGACAGGUGUGCUGAGCGCACUCAACAGCACCUUUUCGGUCCAGUGCAACAGUGAGCGUGACUCGGCAGGCUAUGGAUACUCAACGUCGGCCGCGUCCGAGACCAAGACGUGCACCGAAUCCGAGACGGCAUCGACGGCCGCGGAAUCAGCAUCAUCGGCUACUGGCAUCACCACCACGGUCACCAUUGCUGUGACCAUUGCUCUUCCAUGCACCGCGCAAGAAUCUACUCUUUCGUCCACCUUGUCCACGUCCUCGUUGCAGACAACCACGUCUACUGCUCCAGUAGCCACCAUUACGUCUACCUUCCCAGCUAGUCUGCCUUCUGGAUACGAGAGCCACUCAUUAACGCACUCGUCAACAGUCUCGUCAACGGCAUCGUCGACGGUCUCAUCGAGGGCCUCAUCGACAGUCCCGUCGAGCUCGACUUCGUUUACUACCAUUAGUACCACGGUGCCCGUUACCACUGCCGGGGCCGUGGCUAAUGCUGUUGCGGCCGGACCUCUUGGCUUGGUCGCUGUGGUUGCAGCUCUGGUACUCUGA